UUGACCUUUGACAGUUUACAAUAUGAAACUUAAGGGAAGCACUAUAAGAGCUAAUAAUUAGAUAAUAAAAAUAUAAUUAAAAAAAGUUAUAUGAUAAAUAUUUAGAAAAUCGUUGUGCAGUGAUAUUAUAACUGUUUUUAUUGCUAUUUAUUGAUAUUAGCGAUAACUACUAGAAUGAUGGCGGAUACAGAAACAACAGAAGCCACUAGACGUCUUAAUGUUAAGAAGCAAACUUUGGAUGAUGCUUACGCAGCACCCGCUAAUUUUCUUGAAAUAGACGUGGUCAAUCCAGUAACAGCAUAUGGGGUUGGAAAAAAGAGAUUUACGGAUUAUGAGGUUAAAAUGAAAACAAACUUGCCUGUUUUUAAAGUCAAAGAAUCAAGCGUUAGACGAAGGUACAGUGAUUUUGAAUGGUUAAGAAACGAAUUGGAACGUGAUAGUAAAAUUGUUGUGCCACCCUUACCAGGAAAGGCAUGGAAACGACAGCUGCCGUUUCGUGGGGAUGAUGGAAUUUUUGAAGAAGACUUUAUUGAAGAGAGAAGAAAAGGACUUGAAGUUUUUAUCAACAAAAUUGCAGGACAUCCACUGGCUCAAAAUGAACGUUGUUUGCAUAUGUUUUUGCAAGAGCAAGUGAUUGACAAAAAUUAUGUACCAGGUAAAAUCCGUAACACAUAAGACUUUAUCAUAUUGAGCAACAAAAUUGUGAUUAAAUAUUAAAUUCCAUCCUCCUUGUUUGGUUUAUUUUACCUGUAAUUUUUCAUUUUCUUUGAUAUAUAAAUGUAUAACAUUUUAUCUCUACUUUGUGCUAGUACUAAUCAAUACCAUCUAAGUAAAUUUCAGUUUUUUGCUAAUUUUAGGGUACACUUGCCUUGUAUUUUAUCACAUAAGGUACCGUUAGCUGUAUGUAAUGUGUUGUAGUCAUGUUUUGAUUUAGAACGUACUUUAUAAUAAGCAAAAGCCAUGAAUAUAAUAUGCAUAAAAACAAAAUUGUACAAAUCGCGAUUUUAUUUUAUAUUUCAUAUCGUGAUUUGUUGUAGCCUUUUAGGUAUAUUAUUGAAAAUAAAUCCUUAUUAUAUGUUA